GUCACAAUGGUAACCUGUACCUGUGGAAAUCAAUGAAAUGAAUGAAUCCCAUUCCCACUGAAACUAAACUAGUACUACAAUUCGAGAACAACAUUUCCAAUUGUAUAGAGAGAGAGAAAAUGGGUGAAGCAGUAGAAGAGAAGAAGCUCAGAAACGACAUGGACAUAAACAUGCAUAAUAAAAGUGGAGGAAUUGUGGAGGUGAAGCCAAAACCUAACAAUGGCUUCACUUCUAAAGCAAUUGACUGGCUGGAAAAACUCUUCGUGAAAUUGAUGCAUGAUUCUUCUCAGCCUCUUCAUUAUCUCACCGGCAAUUUCGCUCCUGUUACCGAUGAAACUCCUCCUUGUAAAGACUUACCUGUUCAUGGACAUCUUCCUGAAUGCUUAAAUGGGGAGUUUGUCAGGGUUGGUCCCAACCCAAAGCUUCCUCCUUUGGCAGGAUAUCACUGGUUUGAUGGAGAUGGCAUGAUUCAUGGAAUGCGCAUUAAGGAUGGUAAAGCAACAUAUGUCUCCCGUUAUGUUAAGACAUCGAGGCUGAAACAAGAAGAGUUUUUUGGAGCGCCAAAGUUUAUGAAGAUUGGAGAUCUUAAGGGGCUAUUUGGAUUACUUACAGUGAACUUGCAAAUGCUCAGAGCCAAACUGAAAGUACUAGAUAUGUCGUAUGGAAAUGGGACAGCUAAUACUGCUCUUAUAUAUCACCAUGGGAAGCUUCUGGCGCUUUCAGAGGGAGAUAAACCAUAUGUUCUUCGUGUUUUGGAAGAUGGGGAUCUUCAAACCAUAGGAUUGCUUGACUAUGAUAAAAGGUUGACCCACUCCUUUACAGCUCAUCCGAAGGUUGACCCAUUCACAGGGGAGAUGUUUACUUUUGGCUACUCUCAUGCCCCACCAUAUAUCACAUACAGAGUAAUAUCAAAGGAUGGUGUCAUGCAUGACCCUGUACCAAUAACAAUCCCGGCCCCUAUUAUGAUGCACGAUUUUGCCAUCACUGAGAAUUAUGCUAUUAUUAUGGAUCUUCCUUUAUACUUUAGACCUAAGGAAAUGGUGAAGGAAAAGAAACUAAUCUUCACUUUUGACUCAACAAAAAAGUCUCGCUUUGGUGUACUACCACGAUAUGCAAAGAAUGAGAGCUUAAUCAAAUGGUUUGAGCUGCCAAAUUGCUUCAUAUUUCAUAAUGCCAAUGCAUGGGAAGAAGGAGAUGAGGUUGUUCUAAUCACUUGCCGCAUUGAUAAUCCAGACUUGGAUAUGGUCAGUGGAGCUGCUACAGAUAUGGUUGAUAAUUUCUCAAAUCAGCUGUAUGAAAUGAGAUUCAACAUGAAAACUGGUCUUGCUUCUCAAAAACAACUAUCAGCAUCUGCCGUGGAUUUCCCUAGAGUUAAUGAGAACUACACUGGCAGGAAACAGAGAUAUGUUUAUGGUACCAUAUUGGGCAGCAUUGCAAAAGUGCAAGGGAUAGUCAAAUUUGACUUGCAUGCUGAACCAGAUUCUAGCAAAACAAAGCUUGAAGUUGGAGGAACUGUGCAAGGUAUCUUUGACCUGGGUCCUGGAAGAUUUGGAUCAGAGGCUAUCUUUGUUCCUCGUGAACAAGGUACCACCAGCGAAGAGGAUGAUGGAUAUCUGAUCUUCUUUGUGCAUGACGAAAAAACAGGCAAAUCAUCUGUGAAUGUGAUUGAUGCGAAAACAAUGUCAGCUGAUCCCGUUGCAGUUGUUGACUUACCUAAUAGAGUUCCCUACGGGUUUCAUGCUUUCUUUGUAACGGAGGAACAACUAAAAGAACAGGCUGAAAUAUAGGUGGAAAUGAUUGUUGCAGUCUCCUAGUGAGAGGGCACAAAAGGAACAUUUGUACAAUAUGUUGUGUAUACGUAGCACCAGCAUUCCAGAACAAUACGAGUUUAUGUAAAGUAUUACUUUCUAUAAAUCAUAUUCAUAAAUCAUAAUACAUUAUAAUGCCAAUAUAUGCUUGAAGUUAUAAACAAGAAGUGUUAAAAAUGA